AGUUCCUUGACAUUGUUCGUUUUACAUCCUAACUGCCUAUGACAAGCUUGAAGUUUUUUUUUUUUUUAGUUUAACAAAUUUAUUGGCAAAGCUUGUAGUACAGUUUGCCGAUUGGACAGAUGAGCAGACAUAUUGCUUCAUACAGUCCAGGGCUCGUCUGAAGAUACACUGCAAUGAAACUCCAGAUUAUGUAUUUCAAUCAAUAAUAGAUGAACUGGGUUUGACAGGUCAAGUUAACCCCAGUCAGGCUCGCAAGCAUUGGGAUGCUCUUGUUACUAGGUAUAAGCUGGGUGAUCUGGGAGUGUCUGGGGAUCGAACAACCGACCCCCUGAAAUAGGAGACAAGUGAUGUAUCCAUUCAACUGCUGCACUUCUUGGUACAUGGGAACUAAGCCAACCAGCUUUAGAACCUGAAGAUGCAGCUCCUCCAUCCUGGCCCUUUUAUGCUGCCAUGCAUGAUGCUCUCCUCACUAUGCCCCCUUCUGUACUCCCAAUAUCUGUUCCUGAAGAGAUGGAUGGAACAGGAGGGGUUGUUGAGGAAGGGAAUGGCUUAGAAGGGGCAUUCCAAGAAGGUCAGUCAAUUGAUGAUAUGGACGAAGAGUAUGAAGAUGAAGAAGACGAGGAGGAGGAAGAAGAUGAAGAUGAAGAAGAGGAUGAAGAUGGGAUUAUGGAAGAUGAUGACAAUAUGGGUGAGGGAUUUGAUGAUGAAGAUUCCCAAGAUAUGAAUGAAUCUCAAGCUGAUGAUAAUUCGCAAGGAAUGGAGGGCAUAGAGGUAGAUGAAGUAUGGACAGAGGCAAGAACUCUUCGUUUCAUUGAACUUCGAGGUGCCAAAGAAGCAGAUAUGGUCUCUUUGGGGCCAGCUCCUGUGUUUGCUGAGAUCCUAGAAGAGUUGGCUAUGUCAGAGGAUGUAACACCUGCUGAGGCACGUAAGAAAUGGACCCAGCUUGUUCGGCGCUAUCUCGAGCUUAAGGGUCCAGAUGCUGAAGACUAUAAGCCUGGAUAUGGGAACAGUCCAAACCUCAUCUCUGGUGAUGUAGAAGGAGGAUGGUUGUUUUUUGCCCCCAUGCACUCUGUCAUGGAAGCUAUCAAGGCCACAUCCCCAGAUGGAGGCACCAAGUCACGCAGGUCUCCUGAGUACACAUGGUCUGUUGAUGUGACACGGAAAUUUAUCAAGAUCCGAGGAGAGAAACAUGCAGAGAUAUCCCAAAAAGGCCACAAUGCAGUCUACCAAGACAUCUUGGAAAAGCUUGGAAUCACUGAUAAGGUCAGCGUGAUGAUGGCCCGCAAGAAAUGGAACUACUUGGUCAAGAGAUUUCAGGAUGAAGAGAUGGCAGGGGGAGAGCGCACCUGGGCAUUCAUGAAGGAGAUGGGACAAGUAAUGAAGCAUUUUCGUGGUGCUAAUGUCAACAAGCUAAAAUCUCGAGCAUCACCUGAAUUUUUAUGGCCUAAUGAACUAACCAGAAGAUUCAUUGAACUACGGGUUGCCCGACAUUCAGAUUUUCUUGAAACGGGAAUUCAGACCACGUAUACAGAGAUUAUGGAGGAGCUGGGGCUGGAGCAUAUUCUGAACCCCAACCAGCUUAGGAAGAAGUGGAAUUACCUUGUUGCUAAGUACAAGGAACUGUACUGUACCACUGGGCCAGAUGGCACGAGUCCUGCACCUCACUCGUGGCCAUUUUUUGAUGAUAUGCACCGAGCCCUUCAACAGAUUCCAGAGAGUGCCAUACAUGGAAGUCGAGCGGUUAGAACUAAUACUGAAAAUACCUGGACAAGAGAAGUAACCAUAAGAUUUAUUCAGCUUCGUGGUGCCAGGCCUCCUGACAACACAAAGAAGGUGUCUUCUGUAUUUGCAAAUAUAGUGGAUGAAUUAGGAUUAACAGGUGUGAUUACACCUAAUCAGGCUCGGAAAAAGUGGAACUACUUGUGGAGCAAGUAUAUUGACCUGAGCCAUCCUGAUAUCAACGAAUACACGCGUCAGUCAUGGCCAUUUUAUACUACCAUGCAAGCUGUGGUUGGUGCGCUGCCUCUGUCCCAGGUCCUCACAAAGAAAGGUUUGGCAGAUGACUUUGAAGAGGAUGAAGAUUCACAGAAGAAGAUAGUGAAGCGCACAAGACAGUACACUUGUUUUAUCUGUGGCAAAACUGGUAAGAUCCUCAAUGAUUUUUUUAUGUAUGAACAUGACCAACGUCUUCUUUACACUCAAAAGACUGUCCUUGAAGUCAUCAGUCACCUAGUUAGUCGGAAAAUGGUAAAUAUGGAAUCUAAUACCUGCCUCUGUUCAGGAUGCACAAAUCUUGUCAAUGAGGCAGAUUCUGUAAUCCAGAGACAUGACAGAGUAAAAGAAAUGGUUCAAGAACUUUAUUACAGUGCUGUUGCACAAGCUAAAGCUGAACAGCAGCAACAGCAGCAUCAACAGCAGCAGCAGCAGCGCUUUACUCAAAAUGCUGCAGAAGAUAGUAGUUCUGAGGAUGAAAAAGAGAUUAAACAGGAAGAAAGAGUAACUUAUAGUCAGAGAGGCAGGAAACGUAAAGCUACAGUUCUUGCUGAUGAUACAGAAGUCAAAAUAAAGACAGAGCCUCUAGAUGAUGGCUUUGAAAGUAUUGAAUGCGACGUAGACUUUGACGAUGACUCUGAGGAUGAGCGUAAGAGAAGGAGAACAAGAGGGAGAGGAAGAGGUAGGGGACGAGGAAGGGUUCGAGGAAGGGGAAGGGGUAGAGGCAGGCCAGCUACACGGUCUACUCUGAUUGGCCGUGGGCUUGGUGGCCAGUACCCUUCAUCCAAUAAAAGGAAGAUUUUACCUUAUAAAGGGCCUAAAAUAUAUCACUGCGCAGAAUGUGACUCAGAGUUCAAGAAAUAUACAGAUCUCAUUACUCAUAAAAAAGAGGUUCAUACAGUGAUUGAUAACACUCCUCUUGAAGUUGAGGAAACUGUUCUUGAAAAUGGUGUAAUCACUUAUUUUAACAAGGGCAAAGCAAAUAACUCUGAGACAAGUCAUCCAUGCAGGGAAUGUGACAAACACUUUCUCCGGAAGGAUGAUCUUUGGUAUCAUCAAGAAAUAUGUCAUACUGAAGGUAAAGGCAGAGCAAAAACUGCCUUUAAAGACAGAACUUAUACUUGUGAAGAGUGUCAUGAGACUUUCUUAUUCAAGUAUAAGCUUAAGAUGCACAUUAAUAGCAAACACCUAAAUGAUACUGGGCAGAACGCAAAUGAUUUCACUUGUGGAGAAUGCGGAUGCAAGCUAGGUAGUCUUCCAGGUCUUACAUUCCACAUGAGAAAGCAUCAUAACAAGAGCCUCACAUACCGCAAGACGACUGAGUAUUUAUGUAGUGAUUGUGGCUUCAUGGCUCCUUCCAACAAGAAGUUAAGAGAACAUCAGGAGGCCCAUUGUGGUUCCUCCACAAAGCCUAAGGUUCAGUGUGAGAUUUGUGGCAAGACCGUCCUCAAAGUGUCCCUAAAAAUGCACAAAGUGAAAAUGCACUCUGAGUUCAAAGAACAAUGUGAUAGGUGUGGUGAAAGAUAUGCAACAAAGACAGACCUUUUGCGACAUAUUAAUGUUGUACAUCUUCGUAUCCUCCUUUAUAAUUGUCAGUACUGUGGUGAGCGCUUUGCUACCUCAGAUGCUCUUCGAUAUCAUAGAGUCAAGAUGCAUGAGAAACCAUCUUUCUACUGUCAGAUAUGUGGUAAGUGUUAUAAGAGGGUAGGGGAACUUAAUACUCAUAUUAAACGUGCUCAUAAUGAUCGUAGGAAGGCAGAGGUUUGUACUUAUUGUGGCAAAGAAUACUAUGACCGUAGCAAGCUGCGUAACCAUUUGGUGAGUAAACAUAAUGUUCCUCAGGAAAUGACAUACUCUGAGAAUUAUUUACGUAAAAAACGUGUCGAUGGACUGCCAUUGGCCAAGCAUUUGGAGAAACGGGUAGGUAUGGAUCCUAAGAUGCCACACAUGGGCCAGGCUGGGGUAGUCCAUCAGCAACCACAACAGCAACCACAACAGCAACCACAACAGCAGCAACAGCAGCAGCAACAACAACAGCAGCAGCAGCAGCAACAACAACAGCAGCAGCAGCAGCAGCAACAGCAGCAGCAACAACACCCUCAUCAUCAUGGUGUGGUGCCACAACAUCAACAGCACCCACACAUGAGACCAGUGGUGGAUGAGGCAGCUGAGGCUGCACGCAAUCUUGGAGCAUACCAAGAGAUUGCUACUGCUACUGAAGACGAAAAUUCUCUAGUUGUUACUGAGAUUACAGAAGCUCCAGCUCAGGUUGAACAAACUGUACUGGUAGAUCCCUUGAGUGUACCUCAGGGCAUGAUGCAUCAUCCUCAGGUUGCUCAUAUGCAACCACCAAUGACCAUGCACCAUCCUAUGCAUCAGCAGAUGCACCACCAUGCAGCCAUGUCUCGUCUUGGUGUACUUUAUCAUAUGAACAUGCCUCACCCUGGUCCAUCACACAUAAACAUGUAGGCUUCAAAUCAUAUUAAUAAAAAGUAGGCAUAUAUUUACAAGGUAAUAAAUAUAAAUAAGAAGAACAAAUGGUAGUGCCAAGUUUUAUAAGAUUAGCGGAUUCAAUAAAUUAUUUUACAUUUGCACCAUAUACUGUAUAAAAAAUUUAACAUUUUCAAUAUGAAACGAACAAAGUUAAUGUAUCAAAAACAAUUUUGGAAGUAGGUGUCACAUAGAAAAUUAAGUUUAUCAUUAGAAGUUAAAGAAUGAUUUUAGAGGGCAUAAAAGCUUGAAAAGGUAAAAAAAAAAAAAAUAAAAAAAAAACACUGAAUUUGAAAAUAUUCAUGUUGACCACCAAUUUUCCGGCAUCAUUGGAACCAGCAGCAAGACUGACUAUUGUUGGUUUUUCCAUGGUACUGUACCCUCUAAUACUUUACUAGACAUCUUCCCUCCGACCCACUAGCUAAACACUUCAUGCUAACUCUUAAGUCAUCCUAGGAUGCUAGGAUAUCAAUAUAGUAGAACAUAUAGGUACCUGUAUAUAAAAAAAAAAUUGCAGUAAAUUGAAAUUUUGUAUAUUGAACCCAAUUUUCCCAUACUUCCAUUAAGUAAGUGGAGAUAGGUUCAUACACAACAAAAUCUUGACUAUAACGUGUGCGAAGUGAACGUAUGUGUGGAGGAAGUGGGCUGUGACUGUAUCACCAGCCCAGUCGUGCUGCCUCCCCUGAUGUGACAUCACAGUAUACACACAGCAUAAUACUUCUGCAGCCACACACGUCUCUGAGUCAGCAGGGGGGGUUGGUAGAACUGUGUGGUUUACUCUCGACGUAGCCCAGAGGUCAAACCUACACCAUAUAAAUCACACCAGCUUUGUACCAAAGUACAACUGUCAAUUUGCUUCAAAAGUUGUACCUUAACUUGUUUGCAUUUUUGUACCGCCACCAACACUUGCUCCUUUCUUUUCAAACAUAGUUGGGGUUAAAUAAGAGUAAUAAUUGAUAAAAAUUAUAAAUAAAAUAAUUUGAGGGAAGUGUGGUACACCAGUAACACAAAAACAAAAAAGGCAGUUCAAUAAACCUCCUGGACAUUUUGUGUUGACCAGCGGUGGUACCAGACCAGUGAUUACUGGAUAAUUGAUGGUCAAUCUGUAUUAAAUUAUUUUUUACAUUACUUAACAUUAUCUAUGUUUUUGUGGUAAUACUGUAUAAAGAAAAAAUAAAUGGUGUUUAUUCCUGAAGUGCAUCAUAAUUUAUGUACAAUACAGUACAUGUUUAAAGAAUAAUUGGAUUAGCACCCAUUUUUUUAAUGCAGAAAAUUUUAUACUCUUACCCAUUGUGUAAAGUCUUACCAACAAACAGUGUCAAAUCAGAUGCGGACGUGACUGAUUUUGAAUAGAACAAGACAUACAGUACGUAUAUCCUUAUCCCUGCCUUACACCCAGAAUGCAUCCUAGUACAGAACCAUCUUAGUUGAAACCUUAGAAGAUUUUUUAUAUGGGAAAUUGGUAUAAUUUAAUUUUUAGUGUUUGGGGUUUAUUUUCUUUAUACAGUACUGUAUAUCCUUAUAAGGCACAGGGACUUUACCAAUAAUGUGUUGGUUAUAACUGAUAUAGUAAUGAGUUCAGCAUGCAGCAUAGACAUUGUUAUGUUGCAGCUCUGUCAGUUUUAAUGCCCUGUACAUGCUACUUGGGUUAUAGUUAUUUAUUGAGGUAAUAACUGAUGGACAUUCCAAUUUUAUAAUUUUGAAGGGAUUACAUUGCUAAUAAUACAUCAAACUCAGAUUAAGUGUUGAAACCACAUUUUUGGUUUAGGACAUUUUUCUCACUUCUACAAUAUGAAUGAUUCUAGAUUAUUCUUUUUGUGAGAAUAGUUGUAAGGAUGUUGUAGAAUGUAAAGUACUGCACUGAGAAUGAAUAUACAUUAGUUGGGCAUUAAAAAGUGCAUGGGGAUAGUCACAUUGAGAUGAGGAUAAAGUAAAGGUGUUUUGAGUAUGAAGAAUGAAAUACGAUCUUCUCUCCCCCAUUGGUACUAUUUUUUUAUGCCUUGAUGGAGGGUAGUUGGGCAGUUAUUAAUUUUCUGAUUCUUUUUUAAGAGUUACAUCAUAAAGAUUCGAAGUACUGUAGUUAAAUCAUAGAUUCGGUAUCAAUUUGUCGUAAAAAAUUAGAGUGGAUUUAAUUAAUAAAGAUUCUGUUUUGAGUUACAUUGUACAUGUUAAAUAUGAAGUGUCAACUUAAACAUAAUAGUGGAGUGUCAUUAUUGUGACAAAAGAUGAUAAUAUUUAAAGUGUCAUCAUAAGAUCUAGCAUAUAGAGAGACAUCUUGAAGGCGAAUGUGGAGGGACGUUAUAGAUUUGAAGAAUUGUCAAAGGAAGGGGUGGAAAAGGGAGGGAGAGAUAGAGAAUGGCAAGAAAUUUGCCGUGUUGGCAGCUUUGAGGGGAUACUUUGCUUUAUUCCAUCUGUGGGAGAAAAUUAUCUUGAAAUACCUGUGCAUCAAAAAGCUCAGUGCAUUAUCCUUCAGUUGAUUAUUAUAACAUUAACUAUUGUCUUAGUUUGCAAAUUAUAUGACAAACACUUUUUUGGUGUGACAGUGCAGUGUGGAAAGGGUGGUACAAUAAUAUUAAAAUUUCUGCUAAGUGCUAAUCUGUAAUUAAAAGAGUACGUACAUGGUUUAAGCAAGAAAUGCAGGGUAAAAUUUCAGUAACUUUGUCAACUUUAAUAUGGAAAUAGUGUAUACAUUUGCAAAGGGUGCAAUUGUUACAAGUACAAUCUUAUGAAAAACUUUCCUUCUUAUUUGUAUUUUAUACAUUAAGAUAUAUUUUUCAUCAUGAAUGAAGUUGCCUCUGUGAUUGCCAAAAAAUAGAAUUGACAUUGAUCUAAGUUUACUCUGUGGAUGGGAGUGCAGCCUACUGCAUGUUAUAGUGCUCCUUGCCACUUUGUGUUGGUCAUAAUACAAACCUCUGCCUCACUACUGCUAUGCACUAAUAGGAAUCAUCAAGGUUAAGAUAAAUGCCAGUAACAAUGACUGCUAAGAUUUUAUGACUGCAGGAUUAUUCUGCCCUCUGACAGUAAGUGUGGUGGUCAGUUGUGUUGAAACUACAAGUAUUUGUGGGUCUUAAAGUCAGGUGUGAAAUUCUACCUCUCGGUAAAUUAAUGCUUUUGAACAUUUACUGUUAAGAUUUUAGGAAAUUUUCAUACAUUAUAUGAUGAUGGCUGUUUAAUUGUAUGACUCAUUUUAAGAGUUUCAUGUACCAUAUGACAUUAGCUAGUAGUUCUGUGUGUCAUACCAGUGAGAAAGUAAUACAGUAGGUAGUUAUUUUCAUUGAAGUUCACUAAUUAAAAAAAGCCAUUCCUGAAAGCCACUGAUUUUAGUGUAAAUAUGAAUUUCUUAGAUUAUAGAAGAGCUAAUGUUUUAUUCUCUACAUUAUAAUGUAAGUAUGGUCUUCAUAUGGUUGUGCUUUUAAUUUUAAAUUAUUUUAAUUGAUUAAUUUUUUUUCCAGCAACAGUUAUAUAUUUAUAUAUAAUAGUUGCACUGGCAGUUGUAAUUAAUCCCUUGUGGUCCCCUCUGAGCUGAAUAAAAUCAUCUGGCAUUAGCCAAAUAAAAUUUUAAAAGUGGCAUCCCCUAAGUGAAGGGGUUAAUUACAAUUUUAAUGGGAAAAUGCAUUGCCUCACUAUAAAUUAAAUGGUUUUUUGUGUACCGGUAUACAUUUUGAAUAAAACUAAAUCUGCUUUAUUUUCAUGUA